AUGGUUGAGCUCUUGUUAGAUGCAGAUGCGGACGUUGAUAAAGCUGCUCAUCCUGGCACAGCCGCGCGAUCAUCCUUGCUCGUGGCUUCUGCACGCGGCUUCUUGCAAAUAGUUUCUUUCUUGAUCCAAAAGGGUGCCAGGCAUGACAGGGCUGGUGAGUGGGGCCAAUCGCCUCUUCUCCUCGCAUGUCAAAAUGGGCACCCGAAGGUUGCGCAGCUACUGCUUAAGGCAAGAGCGUCGGCUGACGGGGUGGACACCUCUGACGACGCGUCGCCUUUGCUUGCUGCAUGUGAGAACGGGCACACAGAGGUCGUGAAGUUGUUGCUGGCAUCUGGCGUGGACAUGGAGCGAGGCAGCAGUGCAGGCACGACGCCUUUGUUGGCUGCUUGCGAGAACGGGCACGUUGAUGUUGCUGAGGUCAUGCUGUCUGCUGGUGCACAGAAGGAUGGGGCAAGCGCCAGGGGCAUCACACCUCUGCUAGCUGCUGCAGAGAUCGGGCACAACUCCCUGGUGUCACUGUUGAUACGUAACCGUGCAGGUCUGGGCCAGGUUGACAGCGUGGGACGAUCUCCUUUGCUAGCGGCGUCUAUGAACGGGCACAGCCAUGUAGCUUGUUUGCUGUUGGAAGCGGCGGCUGACACUAACAAAGCAGACCGUGCGGGAACAUCUCCACUACUGGCUGCUUGCACCUGUGGCAGUUUGGAAACGGCACGCUUGUUACUUGCCGCUCGCGCUGACCUAGCUGCAACCAAUCAUCACGGUGAAUCUGCCUUGCAAGUUGCUUUGCAGAGCGGCUUCUUGGAGCUAGUGCCCCUUGUGGAAGAGUUCUGUGAUGAUAUGUACUACUUCUGCAAUGUGAGCAGUGGCGGAGCCGCAACGAAGGUGAUUGGCCGAUCUCAGACUCUGAGCGUCGAGGUCGGAAUCACCACGGUGCUAAGCUUCACAGUCUAUGAGUGCCCAGAGCCUGUCUUCACGCCAGAGACUGCCCGCUGCCUUGGAUUGCUGAGGGUUCCCGUGGAGCGCCUGGCCGAGCGUUACUCCUCCGGCAUCUUUCAGCAAUGGUUCAACCUUGACACGAAGACCGACCCCCGGAUGCCUGCUGGCGACCUGCAGAGCCUGGUCAGCCGUUUCGAGCAGGCUUAUGCCGAUGCCGUGGCGGAUGUGUACCAGCCCAAGAUCUGCCUCUCCGUGAUUGGCACAGCCUUCGAGGUGCAGCGAGGCACCCGCCAGACCUGCUCCAUCUUCGUCGGGGAGGAUGUUAAGACGCAGGCAGGUCCGGACUUGAAGGCCCUCAUCGCAUCGCACAAGCAGCAGGCUGCCUACAUCGACGCCUUGCAUGAAGAGAUCCGACGCUUCAAUGUGCCAUCAUAUCGUCCGCUCGCUGCCAGCAUGGGUAUGCAGGGUUCUAUGAAGCCGCCACCAUCCAUGCCGGGUGCUAUGCCGCCACCCAUCUCAUCAAACAUUGCACCAAUGGCAUAG